AUGUCCCCGGUUUACGGCGACCCGGCCAACGUGCUACGGGCCCUUGAGAAUCGACACCGUUGGCUUCUGUUUGCGCAGCACUGCUACACCUGCAUUCGGAUAGAUGGAGAUUGCGAGCUUGGCAGGCUCUGCACGUACGGCAAGAAGACGUUGAAGCACGUGGCGGACUGCAAGCGCAAUGACUGCGUUUACCCUCGGUGUUCCCUGCUCAAACCGCUGCUGCAGCACAGCAGGAAGUGCCAGUCAUCCACUUGCGCCAUAUGCGUCCCCGUCUGGAACUACAUCCAAAAGGACUUGCAGCAGCAGCAACAACAACAACAACAACAACAACAACAACAACAACAACAAUGCUUGCAGCAGCAGACACAGCAACAGCAGCAGCAGCGACCACGACUAGCCCAGGUGCAGGAGCACGUGCAGGCACAGAAGCCGCAGGAACUUAGUCAUCAUCAUCAGCAGCAGACACAGCAGUUUACGGCCGCAGUUGCCAUCGCACCGCCUCUGCCAUCACCAGCCCCUAUGAGCUCGGCCAGAACAGCUCGGUUCGUUGGUGUGACAGCAGGCGGCCCUCUGGCUCCGUACGGCCUGCCACCGUACAGCAGCGGCAGCGGCAUUGCUCCACCGAUCGGGGGCUCCACUGCGGACGCAGCCGACAGAUCUAAAUCAGGAAUCACCAUAACUGCAACGCCGCCGCAGCCCAUCUCCGUGGUCAGCUGUGCGGUAAUGCGCCCGGCGCAGCCGGGGGCUCCGGCGAACCAGCCGCAGCUAAUGCAGCCGUAUCCUCCCUCGGCCCCACUCGGGCAUUUCUAUUCAAACCUCCCUCAGCAUUACUCGCAGGGCCCGCUUGCAACGCCGCCCUCUGCGGUUCCUAUGGCUCAUUGGGUGCCGCUCACGAGCCUAACCGCGGUAUCCGGACCUGCAACGGCUGCGCCAAUCCAUUCUGCUGCCCCAGCCAACGGCAGCUGCAGCGGCAACGGCGGCCUUCUCGUCACCAACGGCGCCGCAACCGCAACAUCAACCACCGUGGGGACCCCGGCAGCUGCGGCGGGGCUGUGGCCUAACCCGGGAGCCCUCCGGUCUGGCCCAGUGGCGUUGUACGGCUUCACAGCAGAUGUCAUACGUCCGGGCGUGUUGGGUGCGGUGCCGCCCCAAGGUUCUGCGCACACAUUAGAGCGCGCGCUCCUUGGUGGCGGAGCGGCAGCGGCCAUGGGCAUCGGAGGGGCCGCUGCAGCGGCGGUGCUGCCGCCGCCAGGGGUGCCGCCGAAUACGGCCCCGUCCAUCGUGGCGCCGCAUAACCUGCCCGCCCACACCUUACUUUUCAACCCCCCACCUGAAUUGACAGCCGGAGCAAUCAGCACCGUGAGCGCGGCCGGGAGCGGGGCCAUUGCGGGGGUCGCCGCUCCCAUGCCGCCGGGGCAGGCGACCGCCGGCCCCUCCGAGGCUGCAUCCAGCGCUGCUGGCGGUGGCAGCACCCUGCCUUCGGAAGUAACGACGGGGGCGACGCCGUGGAGCUACAUGCUACGAUAG